CUUGCUCGAUGAGUCGAGUGUUCCUCGGUUUGCUUUGUUGCAGUUUGUGGCAAAAUAAAUAAAUAAAACUCUGAAGAUAACAAAAUAUUGGACAUUUUACGCGAACAUCAGUGAAUUCAGUUGUGUGGUCACGUUCCUGUGGGAUGUGGCAACCCGCUUAAGCAGUGGUCACCCCUUUUAGGCCCGGACCACCGUCUCAGAUGAAUUAGCGACACACACACACAGCAGCCGCCAUGUCGUCCGUCAAGGUGGCGGUGCGCGUGCGCCCCUUCAAUUCGAGGGAGAUCGCGCGCGAGAGCAAGUGCAUCAUCGAGAUGACCGGCAACACCACUAUAAUAACAAACCCGAAACUGCCGCCGAACAACAAAGAGGGCAUCAAAAGCUUCAACUUCGAUUUCUCAUAUUGGUCACACAAUCCGAGUGACCAUGACUUCUCGUCCCAGAUCAUGGUAUACAAGGACAUUGGGGAGGAGAUGCUGCAACACGCUUUCGACGGCUACAACAUCUGCAUAUUCGCGUACGGGCAGACCGGCGCGGGCAAGUCGUACACGAUGAUGGGCCGCGCCGAGGAGGAGGGCAUCAUCCCGCAGAUCUGCAAGGACCUGUUCCGCCGCAUCCGGCAGACCACGUCCGAGGACUUGAAGUACUCGGUGGAAGUAUCCUACAUGGAGAUCUACUGCGAGCGAGUCCGCGACCUGCUGAACCCCAAGAACAAGGGCAACCUGCGCGUGCGCGAGCACCCGGCGCUCGGGCCCUACGUGGAGGACCUCAGCAAGCUGGCCGUCACCAGCUACCAGGACAUAUACGACCUCAUCGAGGAGGGGAACGCUGCCAGGACCGUGGCAGCGACGAACAUGAACGAGACGUCGUCGCGCUCGCACGCCGUGUUCACCAUCUUCUUCACGCAGCAGCGCCACGACACCAUCACCAACCUCAUGUCAGAGAAGGUGUCAAAGAUCUCGCUAGUGGACCUGGCUGGGUCGGAGCGCGCGGACUCCACGGGUGCCAAGGGGACCCGUCUGAAGGAGGGUGCCAACAUCAACAAGUCACUGACGACGUUGGGCAAAGUCAUCUCCGCGUUGGCUGAAAUUGCGUCAAAGAGCAAGAAGUCUAAGAAGGCGGACUUCAUCCCGUACCGAGACUCGGUGCUGACGUGGCUGCUGCGAGAGAACCUCGGAGGCAACUCCAAGACCGCCAUGAUCGCCGCCAUAUCGCCCGCCGAUAUUAACUAUGAUGAGACGCUUAGUACUCUCAGAUACGCGGACCGAGCCAAGCAGAUAGUCUGCAAGGCCGUCGUCAACGAGGACGCCAACGCCAAGCUCAUCCGCGAGCUCAAGGAGGAGAUCCUCAAGUUGCGCGAGCUGCUCAAGGCUGAGGGCAUCGAGGUGGAGGAAGGACCGGACGGUAAAGUCCUAUAUGACAAGAAAGACACUCCUGCCAUCGAGGAGGCGAGCUCGCCCCAGCGCAAGAAGAGCGAGGCUGAAGCGCUGCCGAAGCUCGCUCGCACCGGCACCACCAUCGCUGAGGACGCAGUGGACCAGCUGCAGGCCUCGGAGAAACUUAUUGCAGAACUCAACGAGACAUGGGAGGAGAAGCUCAAGCGCACAGAACAGAUCCGAGUGCAACGGGAGGCAGUAUUCGCAGAGAUGGGAGUCGCGGUGAAGGAGGGCAUUACUGUCGGAGUGUUCUCUCCCAAGAAGACGCCACAUCUGGUCAACUUGAACGAGGAUCCGAAUCUGUCGGAGUGCUUGAUCUAUUAUAUUAAGGAUGGUGAAACCCGCCUCGGCACGGCAGAAGCAAACGUGCCUCAAGACAUCCAGCUCUCAGGGUCACACAUCCUGAGCGAGCACUGCAUCUUCGAGAACACCGACGGCGUCAUCUGCCUCAUUCCGCACAAUGGGGCGCUGGUCUAUGUUAAUGGACGGGAGGUGACAGAACCAAUAAUCCUCAAGACGGGCUCCCGAGUGAUCCUGGGCAAGAACCAUGUGUUCCGCUUCACGCACCCGGGCCAGCCGCGACAGGAGAAGAACAAGAUCAUCUCCUCUGAUAAAGAACUGCCGGAGACUCAAGGCAUGGAGACGAGCGUGACAGAGAACGCCGAGAACGUGGACUGGGACUACGCUCAAUGCGAGCUGCUGGAGAAGCAGGGCAUAGACUUGAAGGCGGAGAUGCAGAAGCGACUGUUGGCUUUAGAAGAACAGUUCCGUAGAGAGAAGCAACAUGCUGAUCAACAGUUUGAGGAGCAGAGGAAGAAUUACGAAGCCCGCAUCGACGCGCUGCAGCGGCAGGUGGAGGAGCAGAGCGUGACCAUGUCCAUGUACAGCUCCUACACUCCUGACGACUUCCAUAAUGAUGAGGAUAUCUUCGUGAAUCCCCUGUUCGAAACAGAGUGUUGGUCGGCGCGCGAGGUGGGGCUGGCGGCGUGGGCCUUCCGCAAGUGGAAGUACCACCAGUUCACCUCGCUGAGGGACGACCUGUGGGGGAACGCUAUCUUCUUGAAGGAAGCGAACGCCAUAUCAGUCGAACUGCGCAAGAAGGUCCAAUUCCAGUUCACUCUCCUAACCGACACGCCCUACUCGCCUCUCCCGGCGGAGCUAGCGCCACGGGACGACGCGGAUGACGAGUACCGCCCGUGCGCGCCCACGGUGGUGGCGGUAGAGGUCACGGAUACGAAGAAUGGAGCCACGCACUAUUGGACGCUCGAGAAGUUGCGCCAUCGGCUGGAGCUGAUGCGUCAGAUAUACAACAUGAACGAGUCGGCUGCAGAGGAGGAGGAGUCAGACCGCCCCCCCUCCCCGCGCCCCGCCCCCCAGCCCGACCUGCUGCAGUGUAUCUCAGUGUGCGCGCAACAGACCAGGCUGUCGUUGGCUAAUUUGCUGCCGUCAAGACAACGGCUGGAGCUGAUGCGCGAAAUGUACCACAACGAGGCGGAGCUGUCGCCCACCUCGCCCGACCACAACAUCGAGUCCGUGACGGGCGGAGACCCGUUCUACGACCGCUUCCCCUGGUUCCGUCUGGUUGGACGGAGCUUCGUGUACCUAUCGAACCUGCUGUACCCGGUUCCCCUCAUUCACAAGGUGGCCAUCGUGAACGAGAAGGGAGACGUCAAGGGGUACCUACGAGUGGCUGUUCAGGCCGUCAUUGAUGCGGAUAAAAACAACGCAGAAUUCGCGGGCGGCGUCAAGCAAUCAGCCAAGAUCUCGUUCGACGACGACAUCGUGCCGUCUCGCUCGCGCCUGCGCACUCUCACCGCGUGCGAGAAGAACAACGUCAUCAACCUCGUCGACCAGAUACAGGACCAGGACUCCAAUAUCAAGAUUGAAGAGUUAUCAACAGGCGAGUGCGACGCCGACAGCGGCCGCGGCGACAGCUCGCUCGCCUCCGAGCUCAAGGACGACGAGUUGCCCGAGCACCUGGCGCCCGGCAAGGAGUUCACGUUCCGAGUCACUGUGUUGCAGGCGCAUAAUGUCGCCGCGGACUACAUCGACGUGUUCUGCCAGUUCAACUUCCUGCACCGCAACGAGGACGCGUUCUCCACCGAACCUGUCAAGAACACCGGCAAGAACACGCCGCUCGGCUUCUACCACGUGCAGAAUAUAACCGUACCGGUAACGAAAUCGUUCGUGGAAUACAUCAAGACGCAGCCGAUAGUGUUCGAAGUCUUCGGCCAUUAUCAACAGCACCCACUGCACAAGGACGCAAAACAAGACGGGCCGGUCGCCGGGCGCACGCCCCCGCGCCGCAUGUUGCCGCCCUCCAUCCCGAUAUCCGCCCCCGUGCGCAGCCCCAAGUGGGGCGCGGCGGCGGUGGCGCCCCCGUCGUGCUCGUCGCACCUGCACUCGAAGCACGACCUGCUCGUGUGGUUUGAGAUAUGCGAGCUGGCGCCUAAUGGGGAGUAUGUGCCGGCUGUGGUAGAGCACAGCGACGACCUCCCCUGCCGAGGCCUCUUCCUGCUGCACCAGGGCAUCCAGCGCCGCAUCCGUAUCACGAUCCUGCACGACCCGUCCCCGGACCUCGCCUGGAGCGACGUGCGCGAGCUGGUCGUCGGUCGCAUCCGCAACUCUCCCGAAGCCAACGAGGAGUCAGCAGACGGAGAGGAAGACGGGGCACUGUCGCUGGGACUGUUCCCGGGAGAGAGGCCCAACCUGGACGACCGCUCCGUGUUCCGGUUCGAAGCGGCAUGGGACAGCAGUCUGCACGGCUCCCCACUCUUGAACCGAGUCAGCGGCAACGGAGAGGUGGUGUACAUCACGCUCAGCGCUUAUUUGGAGGUGGAGAACUGCGCGCGUCCAGCCAUCGUCACUAAAGACCUGUCUCUAGUGGUCGUGGGUCGCGAAGCCCGAACGGGGCGCUCACUGCGUCGUGCCCUGUUCGGUUCCCGGCUGGCCCGCGCCGACCACUUGACUGGGGUUUAUGAGCUGAGUCUGCACCGCGCUUUGGAGCCAGGCGUCCAACGUCGCCAACGCCGCGUGCUUGACACUUCCGGCACCUAUGUACGUGGUGAAGAGAACCUGCACGGCUGGCGGCCGCGAGGAGACUCGCUCAUCUUCGACCACCAGUGGGAGCUGGAGAAGAUGACGCGGCUGCAGCAGGUGGGGCGCACCAGACACUUCCUGGCGCUGCGGGAGCGGCUGAGGCACGGGCAUGAGAAUGCGCUCGCGCCUAACGACUUUAGUAAGACGGAGAAGGAGGUAUGCAACAUGGCGGCCAAAGCUGCCGCGGAGUGCGGUCACACGCCCCGCGACGACGCUCUCUACGAGCCCUGGGACAUGUCGCCGCGCGAGCGCGAGCUGGCCACCAAGUUCCUCAAGCUUAUACAGGGCCGGAUAGGCUCAUCCAGCAAGGACACGGAGGCGGUCUCGCCGACGUCGCCCGUGGACGAGGGCGUGGCGGCCGACAUCUCCACGCCGAGCCUGCUGUCCUCCAUACACAGCGCCAGUAGCUUCGAUUUAUGCUCCGGCGAACGCCUCCUUCUGGAAAAGUCCAUGGCGGCGUGGGGCGGGGCGGGGGGCGGCGGCGGCGCGCUGUACGUGCCGGACUGCGAGGAGCUCCGUGUCUCGGCGGCGGUGGCGCGACGUGGGGUGCUGAAUGUGCUGCAGCAUGGGACUAGCGGGUGGAAGAAGCGGUGGCUGGUGGUCCGUCGCCCGUACGUGUUCAUCUACCGCGACGAGCGCGACCCCAUCGAGCGAGCGGUCAUCAACCUCGCCAAUGCACAUGUCGAGUACUCCGAGGACCAGGACCAGAUGGUCCGCAUGCCCAACACGUUCAGCGUGGUGUCCAAGCAGCGCGGCUACCUGCUGCAGACUCUCACGGACAAGGAGGUGCACGACUGGCUCUACGCCAUCAACCCGCUGCUCGCCGGCCAGAUCAGUCCACUUCCAGGUCGCGCUCAGCCCGUCGCGGGGAGCGCGCGCCGCCGCAGCCAUGAGACGCCCUCACCAUGGAGUCUAUACUUGUAUAUUAAGGCCGUCGUAGCGCUCACCACGAGGCAUUGAAACGAACACAAGGUUUGAGAGGUUAUGUGCGCGAGAUUGCGGUACUGGCGGUUGAGUGUGAAAUGUGUCGGAUGAGAUUUAGGUUUUGUCGGCGGAUUUCACGUUUCGGUUGAGAAUGGUAAAUUCGGAAUGGCAUAAGUAUUGGCACUGUUAGGGAACGAAUCUGGUUGUAUGUGAGUCGUAUUAGCUACAACAAUCAGUGGCCAAAACCAAAAGUAAAGUGAUCUCGCGUUUUAAGUGUUCUGUGACUGGUUUGGUGGGAUGUGCUAUUUGCUAAGAUGGAAUUACUCACUAUAUUCUGUGGCCCAAUUUGAAACAAUAAAGUGUUUUAUUUGGUGGGACCACUUUAACACUUUCAAUUAUUUUGGCAUAUCUUUAAAAUUAAAGCGUUUCGGCAUGCAAUGCAAUACGCUUUUUGUAUGUAUAUUAUUGUUAAAUUAUUGGAUAUCUAUCUAUAUGUUUCAUUUCCUUUUAACUAUUUUCAAACGCAACAAAAAUGGUCGGAAAUGUGUUGGGACCAAACCGGUGCACACGGCCGGGAUCGGGGUAAUAUCGAGAGAUAAUCUAUUUACACAUUUAAUAACUAUGUUUGUAGCCGAGUGUACCGCCUUGUGAGUCGUUUCAAUACUGGUCGAAUGUGACGCUAAAGCACUGAAAAUAUUAAAUGUUAACUUAUGAUUUUUUAUCACGAUAAAUAUAAAUAAAUUAGGAACUUCUUUGUAACGAUACAGUAUACCAUAAUAUUGUUCCUGCUUUAGAUAUAGAAGUACUUGAGCUGAAUCGUGAUUCUAAAUCAUAAACAAGCGUACAGUCGCGGAAGACGGUCUAUAGACUCCAUUUGUGUAAUUACAUAAGGAAUUCAUAUGAUGAGACAAAUUAUUAACUAAUAUAGAACUCCUUUGAAUGUUAAAGACACUAUGUAAUUAACCUUGUAUAUACGUAUGACUCGAAUGGUAGAAUAUAAUAUAUUUUGGGGUUCGUCGGAGCGCCGAGGGGCUGUAGCAUCGUAUGUUGUCAUACGUUAUAUUACGUUACACCACUAGUAAUUAUUGUAAAUACAAGAAAAAAUAUUACAAUAAUACAUUUUGUAGUUAAUGUAGAGUAUCUGUUCAUAUAAAUGUUUAUUUUAUUUCUUUUUUGAAGCAAAUAGGAACCUAGGUAACUAAUUUUACAAUCAUAAUAUUUUGUGAUUAAGAUUUGUAAUCUCAUUUUGUUACUUAAUUAUUUUUGAAUUAUUUAUAUUCAAGAGGUUUAAAUCAAUUAGUUUUUCAUUUUUAUAUGGAUUGUAAAAAGUAGGUUAAAGUGACGACACUGCUGGUAUAUGAAUAAAAUCAAAUAUCAGUGUUUGGGACAGACAGUAGGUCUCUGUUGAAGAUUCACAUGACUCCCCCCACAAAGGAAUGUAAUAUUUAUGACUAGUCAAUGCCGUCAUUAGGGAUUUCCCUCUUGCGUUUUGUGAUAGAUAUAAUAGUUCAAUAGAUACAUCAAUGCUGUGCUUCGAACAAUCACAAUGUAGUUACAUAAUUUACCACGAGAAUAAAGUCAUAGGAUGUCCCUAAGAGAAAAUAUCGACUAUAUUCUAGAGAUAUUUUAUUUCCGUGGUGGUUAUCGAUUUUUAUGUUACUUAUGUCGUUGUAAAUCAAGACAGAUUUUUUGUUUAUUUUGAAAUAACAAUUUAUAUAGGCAGCUGUUAGACUCGGUAUGAAGUAGUUUUGUAUGAAUGAAAUUGUUUAUUAACUUCCGUUUCGUACUUUUGACAUAAUUCAGAACACUAUUUUUAUCAGCUUCGAAUAAAUGUUGGAAAAAAUAUAUAAUAUUUUGUCACUAUUACUAUCGCUUGUUAGGCGUCGAAUUUUUUUGUAACUUUUACGGCCAUUCUAGAACAAUUUGUAACAACUGUAUAUGCUUAAGUACUAACUUUAGACUUUGUAAAUAAAUGUAGUUUAUUUGGUACAUGACUAUGAAACAAAAAAAGUACAGCGUUAUCUCAAUAUAUCGCUUACUAUUUAUAGUACUUAGGAGUGAGGCGAUCAAUGGUGUCAUGAGUCAAGCCGUCAUGUUGCCUGCACUCAGGUACCGGCACCCAAUACUGCACUGUUAGCUUCGGGCUACAGUCAUAAAAUAGGGAGUAAAAUGAUAAUAAAUUCUCAUAGCAUUAUUAGUUGUAAGAUCAGAAAGUAUUAACCAAAUAUAACCGUUGUGUGUGUUAUAUUUCUGAAUUUGACAUUCCACUGUGACUUGACAUCAACGCCGGGGUGUAUGAAUAACAUAUUUUUCGUUGGCGUUGUGGUGAAGGAAUAGAAAGUACCUAUUAUUAACUUUUCUUGACAAUUGAAUUAAGUAAACGUAAAUGUGUCCAAUAUUCUGCAAUCUUGUGACGUUGCCAGCUCUGUGUAGACCCUUCAAUGUUUUAAAUAUAUGUAUAUGUAAAAAAAGAUCUCACAUACAACAAGAUGAUAGGUGCAGUUGGCUACAGAGAAGUAUGAACCCGAUUCAUGCAUUUCUGAGGCUGACUGUCUACUGCCUUUCUUUCUAGUCAUUUCGUGUAACAUUCCAAAGUUGAAUAUAAUUUCAUCUCCAAAUAAUUAGGGUAAUGUAUUUUGCAUAGCAAAAUGGUGUUUUAACGUAGAUAAAUAGCGAGCAAAUAAAAACAAGAGAGAGUGACGCGGUGAAUGUACAUCUAUUCUAAAAGUAUAUUAUUGUUAACGGAUCCUUUUCUAUUGUUAAUUUGCGGAGCUUCGUUCAUUCUUAUAUUUUUGUAAGUUGAAAUAUCAUUGUAAGGGAGGUCGGUAGAAGCUGAAUCUAUAUUUUUAUAGGGAGUACUUUUUUAUUAAGCUGUACUUGCUGCAUAGAAAUAACUGUUUUCAGAUAUUUUUGUUACUUAUGUUUCUUGUAAUUUAUUUUUACAGCUAUUAGUAGUUUUUCGUUUAAGAAACUUGCCGUUGAGAUUAAGUUGUAUGUUUUUUUUCGACAUUGGCGGAGGUCGAUGGCCUCGACUUGUGAUUUGGAAAGUGAUUGUUGUCUGUUGGCGAGAAUGAUAUUUGACAAAUUAUAUUCUAUAUAUAAUUUAUGGGUUUCAUUCAAUUUAAUGAAAUAAGAACAAUGUAAUGAUUGGUAAUAUUACUCAAUGCUCUAAAUGUACUAUUAAAAUAUAUUAUACACAGUGUUAAAGGUCAUAAAUAAAAUGCUUUGAAAAUUUCC